AUGGUUCGUUUAAAGAGUAGAUACAUUUUAUUUGAGAUCCUAUAUCCAAACAUGGAUGAGUCUGAACAUUUUGAAGAUAAUUUUAGCAUGAAAAAUAUUUUGUUAAGACAUAAUAAGGUAACACCAGAAGAAAUCACGAAUAGAGUUAUCAUUCAAGACAUAAGGCGUUCGUUACAAUUAAAUUUUGGCGAUUAUGGAUCAGGUAAAGCCUCUUCCUUGUUACAGUUGAAAUAUUUUUCAAACAUGACUUCAACAGGGAUUUUGAGAUGUCAUAGAGAAGACAUUGAUUUAAUUUUAUCUGCUUUGAUGUUAAUAAAGAAACUUGAUAAUAGAAUUCCUAUUAUUUUUAAUCCAGUGAAAAUUAGCGGAACUAUGAAGAAAAUCGAGCAGUUCGCAAUCAGAAGAAGUCACAAGUUAAUGACGUUAAUGCAAAAAGAUACAAGUGUAAGCAUGAAUAUUUUUAAAGAUGUCACUGUAGAUGACAAUAACGAUUGA